UUUUAAGGUGAUUUAUCUGGUUUUUAAAUUUUUUUUUCAACCAAUUCCCAUCAAAUCUGCCGGCUAUGGCUCAACAGCGUUCUGCAGUCAGUGCACACUUAGCCGCAUGGAUUACAACAGAGCCGGCACGCUGUAAAUUCAAAACAUGAUCUCGGCAAGAUUUCAGUUAUAGAGGUUAAAAGUUGCAUUCGAGUUAUAAGAUGAUUGUAUACAUUCUAUCGCAUAUCAUUUGCAUCAAUUGUUAAUACACAAAAAAGCUCGAUUAAAGAGUAUCAUUUAUGAUUUGAAAGGUUUUUGAGAAAAUGUUGUCCAAAGUUAAUUAUACCACCAUGAGAUGUUGUUUCUCAUCAAUGAGACUUUACUUGGAUUGCAGUAGAUACAAUUGCAUUGUUGUUCAUAGUAAAAUUCAAAAAAGGAAAUAUUCCGACUCGUCAAAAGAACCCUCUGUAUCAAAACUUUUAGAGGAGGCUGCAUCAUUUAAUACAAGUGAUAGUUCAGAGUGGAGUACAAGCCCCUAUCCUGUUACAGCUGAUCAUGACAAACCAAAACCAAAGAAAAAUAUCAUAGAUCCUACAGAUACAUCAAUAAUAUUGUUUCCAGGCCAAGGAGUUAUAAACGUUGGAGAUGCCAAAAAGUAUUUAAGAUUUCCACGAGUGAAAGAUCUUUAUGAGAUUGCAAGUAGUGUACUUGGAUAUGAUCUUUUAAAGUUAAGUCUUAAAGGUCCUCAAAAUUUGUUAGAUAGAACUGAAUUCAAUCAACCCGCAACUGUUGUAUUAUCAUUGGCAGCCUUAGAAAAACUUCAGGAAGAGAGGCCGAAAGCUUUUGAAUCAUGUGUGGCUACUGCAGGUUAUAGUGUAGGAGAAUUAACAGCUCUAAUCUUUUCUGGUGCUCUAACUUAUGAAGAAGGACUAAAAUUAGUAAAAGCAAGGGCUGUAGCAAUGCAAAGUGCCACAGAAAUGUCUAAUCAAGGAAUGCUUUCAUGUAUUUGUACUCCUAGCGCUAAUGUAUCUCUGAUUUGUAAAGAAGCUGAAAAAUGGGCGAUGGAUAUUGGUGCAUCCGAACCAAUUUGCAGGGUUGCCAUUUAUUUGUAUACUCAAAUGAAAGUUAUUGGUGGGUGCAAUGAAGCUCUUCAAUACAUUGAAAAAAAUUCUCGUAAUUUAGGUUUACGCAAAGUGUCCAGACUUCCUGUAUCUGGGGCAUUUCAUACUAGUUUGAUGGAACCAGCGUUGAAAUCAUUCGUGAAAGCUUUAAACAAUGCACCUUUAAGUUCACCCAACACAACAGUAUAUUCUAAUUUUUCUGGUAAAGUCUUCAGUACGAAUCCAUCACAAAUGAAAAAGCAAAUAAUCAAACAAAUCAUUUCACCGGUCAAGUGGGAGCAAAUUAUGCAAACUAUGUAUAGCAGGCCACCAGGAACUGAAUUUCCAAGAACUUUUGAUGUGGGGUCAAAAGGAAUGCUAAAAACUAUUUUAAAAAAUAUCAAUGCUAAGGCAAUUGAUGAAUGUCAUGUAUAUUAAUGUUAAUAAGUUGUUGACUAUUGUACAUUUUUAUAAAAUAUAAUUUAUUUGCGAGUUUUUAAGAAUGUUAGUUUUUGAUUAUGUAUUUUUACACUUAAUAAAGAACUAAAAUUGACGAUGGUUGAUCUUUAUAAAUAAUAGUAAUGAUAGUAAUGAUAUGGAUAACAUUUGUGAGAUUCUUAUGAUUGAUACAAUACGUUUUUGUAAAUUUUUUUCUGAUAAAACCACUAAUGAAUACGCGCCCACCUGGCCGUACUCGAUCGUCAAAUUGAACGUCACCCGUCUACUUGACAAGACGGACCGGAACCUUUGUAUCGUUAGAACAGUUUGAUGCUGUUCUAAUUCUAAGACUAGGUUUUAUAGUAACACUAUAAAUUUCAUGCUGAUGAAAGAGUUGUUUGAAUAUUUUUUUAAUGUGUAUUCAUCUAUUCGUGUCAAAAAUGCGCGAAAAAUCCGACGGUUCUCUGCCAUAAUAAGGUCAGAGCGAUCUGAUAAGAGUAUUAAAUGAUAUAUUUUUAUAAAAAUUUGUUUCGACUAUUUGAUCCAUAGAAUGAGAC